AUGGAAACUGCUAACAACGAUAUUCAAUCAACAAAUCUAGAGAAAGAUUUCGCAAAUGCUACCUCUUAUCAUGGUUUUGGACAGUUUUAUAAACCCCAAACGACGCACUACCGACGAUACUUUUGGAUGUUAUUAACGGUAGUAGCGACUUCUGCAUGUAUACUCCAAUCAUCCAGAAUCGUUAUAGCAGCGUUUCAAUAUCCAACAAAAAUUACAUCUAAAGUCCGAUAUUCCAACAGUUCAGUCUUUCCAGCUGUAACUAUAUGCAAUUCCAACUAUUUGGAUAAAACUAAGAUGGAUCCGGAUAUCUUGGCGGUGGUCAAUUCUGUAUUUAGUAAUUACAAUCGAUCUGCAUUAGAUCUUGUAAAUCUUGGCCUAACACCAGAAAUAAUUGCGGCUAGAUUUGGACAGCAUGCAGAUUAUGGGUUUUUUGCUCGAGCUUUUGGAUUUAAACUUAAAGAUAUUAUCCUUGAAUGUACCUACCAUAACUUUAAUUGUCUAAAUAGUUUUACUGAAGUUGUCGAACCCAAUUUUGGUCUAUGCUAUCAGUUUAAUGCAGGAAUACUACAAAGAGGUGGAAACGGAAAUGGAGGCAAUAACUCUUCGUUCCAUAGACAAGUUGGUAGAGGGCCUUCGUUUGGCUUACAGUUGGUACUAGAUGCGGAACAGUACAAAUAUAGCACACUUGAUUUUUUUUACCGCUAUCAGGCUGGAUUUAUUAUAGCCAUACACGAUCAGUUCGAGACCAGUAGUAUGACUAUUAAUGAAAUUUCCGUUGGUGUGGGCAGAUAUACCAGUAUUUCUUUACACCAAACUCUCAUAGAAAAGUAUUUGAAACCACGUUGGGGAGAAUGUGACGAUCAAGAACUAGCAUUUUAUAGGAAAUAUACCCGCGAAGCUUGCAAACAAGAAAAGGAAUCACUUUAUGUUAUGAAUCUAUGCAAGUGUAGAUUUAAAGAAGUGUCAGACCUAGCAUCGCGAAACUAUAGAAUAUCGAAUUCAUGCAAAAUUGCAUGUGCACGUAAACUGUUCCCUAAAACGAUUUCCAGCUCUUCAAUUGGAACUUUAGCUUACGGUAAUAUUUUAAAUAAGCGAUUAGAUCUUUCGACGAAACUUGCAUAUAUGCAGGGGUUAGGUUUACUUCCAUCGUCAUAUACUGUUCAAGACUACAUCAGGGAUAACAUUGUGCAACUAGACGUAUUCUUUUCGGAUUUAGCUCAUACCACCGUACAACAAGAGCAAGAUAUUACACCCGAAGAGGUUUUAAGUAACAUUGGUGGGCAACUUGGUCUUUUUAUUGGCGUCAGCAUGCUAACUGUUUGUGAAAUUGUAUUCUAUAUUUUUGAUAAGAUGCAAUACUGGCCUCAACGGCGAAAUAGAGACAACAGGCAAACUACUCCAGUAGAUUUUGAAAUGAAGAAAUCAAAAGUUAAUAACAACGCAAAUACAAUUGGUGUAAUGGGAUAUGGAGCUGAAACUUAA